CCGGCGCGGGAGGCACCGGGCGCCGGCCGGGCCGCAGGGAGAACCGGCGGGGCGCGCCGCGGCCCCGGCCCCGCGCGCGCCCAUGACGGCGGCCGUGCUCCGGGAGGGCGUGUUGGAGAAGCGGAGCGGCGGGCUGCUGCAGCAGUGGAAGCGCAAGCGCUGCGUGCUCACCGAGCGCGGGCUGCAGCUCUUCGAGGCCAAGGGCGCGGGCGGGCGGCCCAAGGAGCUCAGCUUCGCCCGCAUCAAAGCCGUGGAGUGCGUGGAGAGCACCGGGCGCCACAUCUACUUCACGCUGGUGACCGAGGGCGGCGGCGAGAUCGACUUCCGCUGCCCGCCCGAGGACCCCGGCUGGAACGCGCAGAUCACCCUGGGCCUGGUCAAGUUCAAGAACCAGCAGGCCAUCCAGACCGUGCGCGCCCGGCAGAGCCUCGGGACCGGGACCCUCGUGUCCUAGACCGCAGGCUAACGUCUUCGCUUCCCGCGGCCAUGGACGCGGUGUCGUGGGUCGUGCCAGCUUCCAUGCCCCCUUUGGCUCGCGGGGUGUGACUGUGCUCCGUUUGGUGAGGCAGAGGCCAUGGACGCGUGGAGGAGGCGUUGGAGCGUAUUAGGGGCGGCCGGGGCCGGGUAGCAGGUCAAAGGCCCCGAGGGGCUGAGGAUGAAGAUGCAGCCCCCGGGUACUCAGACUCCUGCUCAGGACCUUCCGGCCACCGGCCUGGCCUCCGAGAUCGUGAUGGAGAGCUGCCAUCCAAGCCCCCUCCCGCCACGGCCCUGCGUCUCUGCUGCAGACUGCUAACCGGCCCCCCGGCUUGGUGCCGUGCCCGGAGAAAGGCAGUCCCCCGGGGGCGCCGAGCCAGCGCCCCAGGACUCGGGAGGCCGGGCUGGCGCUCAGAAGAGGAACCACCUGGGCUCGCCUCCGGAUUUACUUUGGCGGGGGUAGCUGAUGGGUCUGAGGCCCACACCCGGGGGUCAUCUGCUGCUUGGGUCCUUCUGGGACCCCCACCCAUCCAGGCCUCUCUUUGCACAGUUCUUUCCCCCUCCUUCCCCUCUUCCCCCACUGCGGUACUAGGCCUGGAGGUGGUGGGGGGGUGGGGGGGUCAGCCAUUACCAUUUCACACCCGUCCACAAAUGCAGAUGCCCUGCAAGGGGCAGUGACCACACCGUUCGCUCGCUGAGUGGAAUUCUUUGCCCGCCGCUGAGACCUGGUGCUUGGAGAAUCUGUCCUCACCCCACUUUCCCAGUCCACACCCCAUCCUGCAGUCUCCAGCCUGGGGAGGGAGAGACCGUGCAACCCAGGGAACAUGGACUCGGAGGUCCUAGGGGAGGGGCCGUGAGGCCUGCACGGGCCCACCCGGUCUCGAGAGACGCCCCUCUGCCUGCUCUCCUGGGGGGGCGGCUCUGCAUUCUGGGUAGGGCCUGUCUCUGUCAUUUACACACUUGGGCCUUGUACGUUAACACCGUUAAGUCUUCUCUACGGGAUGGUUGAAAAGGAAUAAUUUCAGUAGUGGGGAAACCGAGGUACAGAGACACAGCUGUCCUGAGUGACACAGACACUGCCGAUCGGGUAACCCACGUCCGGCCUCCCCUGUUGCCAAGCGGCGGCUGCCCGGCAGGGGCGGGGAGGCUGAAUGUCCCCUGCAACAAGGCGGGGUCCCUCAGUGCUUCCAACCUGUUCGUUCCGCAUCAGAUUCCUCCUCCUGUCCGAUCACGAUCUCUGUCCUUUGUCCCCGUCCCUCAGAGUCCUCUGAAGCUUCUUGCUUAUCUGAUAUGUGAACUACAUCUUACAAUCAAAUAAGAACUUACCAGUUACCAAGGAA